UGUCCGAGCUCCCACAUGGCAAGGGGGCAGGGGAACUUGGCCUCCAGGCCGCCUCCGGCCGCGGCCCCCUCGCCCUCCAGGCAAGCUGAAAACAGCGGGCACACAUCAGCGUCCAGCGGCCGCACGGCCCAGUCCUGCCGGACCCGCCGGCCCGGACCCGCCGGCCCAGACCCGCGUCCCGCGGCCCCUCACGCACCUCUCAGCGCAGCCUCCGCGUCCGCCGCGAAGGUGUCGAGGCUGCGAGCCCCGCGCCGGCCCCCGCGCCGGCUCCGCACCAUGGCCGCGCUGGGCGGAGCGGCCGCCCCGCCCCGCGCGCUUCCGCUUCCCGCGGAAAGGGCGAUGGCGGCCCGGCUGCUGCUGGCGGCGCUGGGCGCGGCGCUGGGUCUCUUCGCCUCGGCGGGGAAGAUGAAGAUCGUGGAGGAGCCCAACACGUUCGGGUUGAAUAACCCAUUCUUGCCUCAAACAAAUAGGCUCCAGCCAAAGAUGUCCCCGUCUGCAGUAUCAGGCCCUGCACAUCUCUUUGGGCUUGCUGGCAAGUGUUUCAGUUUUGUGGAAUCCACGUACAAGUAUGAGUUUUGUCCUUUCCAUAAUGUCACUCAGCAUGAGCAGACUUUUCGAUGGAAUGCCUAUAGUGGGAUUUUAGGAAUCUGGCAUGAAUGGGAAAUUAACAACAACACAUUUGUUGGAAUGUGGAUGAGGGAAGGAGACUCAUGUGAAACUAAGACCAGACAAACAAAGGUUCAUCUUGUUUGUGGAAAGAGCAAUAAAUUGGCUUAUGUGUCUGAGCCAAGUACUUGUGUUUACUCUCUGACAUUUGAGACUCCUCUUGUGUGCCAUCCCCACUCUCUUUUAGUUUAUCCAACUCUGCCUGAAGCACUGCAAAGGAAGUGGGAUGAAGCAGAGCAGCUUCUGUAUGAUGAACUAAUAACUGACCAGGGUUACAAAAAAAUACUGAAAGAGAUUUUUGAGGAAGCAGGACUUCUAAAAGCAACAGAAGAAAAAGAAGCUGAGAAACAGAGUAAGAAAAUAAGUCUGGAAUUCAAAACAGUGGAAAAGUGCAGUAAGGAAUACAAGCAACUUUCUGAAGAAAUAAAAAAACUUAAAGUUUUAUUAGAUCAGCAUGGUAUUGCAUACAAAGCAAAUUCUGCUGAAAAUACCAGUGUUGAAUAUGUAAGUCACAAACUGGCAACUGCAGUGACAACAGUUCUUAAUGGGUCAAAGGAUGAGCACCUGCAUGGCGACACAGGAAUUUGGAACUACACUGUAUGAAGAAACUUGGGUGGUUCAUAUGGAACGUCAAUUAAGUUGAACACGUAUCAUGCCACUGAAAUGAUUUAUCUUCUUGCAAGUAUUUUUGACUUUAUGAAUUUCUGCCCUAAAGCAAAGGAAAUGUGAGGGCUGACCAUUAUGAGAACAGUUGGCUAGUUUCUGAGAACAUUUGUGAAACUUUCUUUGCUACAACUGGUGUUUGGCAGAGGCUUACAGAUUCCGUGUGUCCAAUCCUAGCCUUUUUUUUAUUGAUCAAGUGUGGUAACAGGUGGUGUAAAUAGAAAACAGCUCAAGACCAGUGCUGUUAGAUGUUGUAUGAAAGGUAAUAAAUACAAUGUUAAGAACAUGUUAUUUCAUCUGUAUGCUAAAAUGUUUUCUGCGGACUUUAGCAGAAAAGGAAACGUUUUCUGUCACAGCAGUGCUUAACACACCACCCACCCACAUUCAAAGGUCGAUGUCAUCUUUAGCUAUCAGUUUAAAUGAAAGCCGUUCGGGAUCUGACUGAAACGUGCAAUGAAAUCAGUGAAUUGUUAUAAAAGCAUAGUUGUGGUAA